AUGGGCCACCACCGCCAGGAGCUACUGUGGGCUGUCAUCCGGGCCAUGAGAGUGCAGGUCGUCAAAACCAAUGACAUUGUGGUUCACCAGGGCCAGGUGAGCCAACAGAUGUACAUCGUGGCAGAGGGCGUUUUCGAGAUGCUGGCACGAAGGCCAGACGGCAGCUGCGUCACGGUGCUGAGCUUACGGGAUGCUGGAAUGUGUGGAUGA